AUGAAUGGUCAGCGAGUUGCCCCCCGCGGCCGCAUUGGUGCCCCGAAAUCUCGCGCUGGCUGUAGAAUCUGCAAAAUUCGGAAGGUCAAAUGUGGGGAAGAAAGGCCCAACUGUCUUCGAUGUACGAGCACGGGCCGGAAGUGCGAAUAUGAGGGUGGAAAAUCCCCUACAGCACUCGUCCCUCCAUCUACUCUGACUCCCGGCCAAACUCUCUCCUCGGCACCGGACACGGGCAGGCGAGAACGUCGGGCGUUCGAGUACUAUUUCCAGCAUGCGGCGCAGUAUCUGGCCGGUGGGCUAGGGAUCGAUUUUUGGACCAACGUUGUCCCACAAAUCUGCCGCAGCGAGCCUCCCGUGUGGGAUGCUAUGAUCGCCAUCAGCGCAUUGUUUGAAUACCCAGAUCAAUGCAUGGAUUUCACCUUCUUGCGACGCCAUAAUGGCCAUCCCAUUGCCCACCCCAAUCAAAAAGAUGCAUUGAUCUGGUAUUCGCGCUCUAUGUCUAGCGUGCAUUCACAGAUCGAGCAUGGCAAGGCAGAUCCCUAUACCGCCCUUAUUAGCUGUGUUCUUUUCAUCUGCAUCGAGACCAUACAAGGCCAUGUGGAGGAGGCUCUGCAGCUCUAUGGACAGGGCGUGAGCCUAAUCCUUGAUUUACGUGCCAAGGUUCAUAACGGCGUCCUUCCUAUCACCCUCACUAAGGCCGCCCUCCUGGAACAUACCAUUAUUCCGCUGUUUCUGCGUCUGGGCACAAUUGCUCUUUCAAUCUCCGGAAUACCCCUCAGCGAGCUAUUUCAGUUGGUCCCAAAUGACCCAGAACCUACCUUCACUUCCAUCGAGUCUGUCCGAUUUGCCAUAAUGACUCUUAGCACUGAGGUGAUGCUUUUCCAGCGCGAAGCGAUGCUUCAUCUCAAAACAGUUGGUAGCGACUCCGCAGUAAGCCCAGAGAUGGUUAUGCGACAACAAAACUUGCAAGCCCGACUUGCCCACUGGCUCCAUGCAUACAAGCAGCUUUCAAAUACCGAACCUGUUCUCCUGACCCACCAUGCCGCUGCAUCAAUCUGGGUUUCAACCUGCUUGACCCAACACGAAACGAGUUCUGAUGCUCACCUGACCGAUUUCCAAGUGAUUGUCGAUCAAUCCACACUCUGUCUGAAUGCCUCAGCGGGAGUGAAUGGCAACCAACCACCCUUCACGUUUGAGAUGGGUGUUGGUAUCUCCCUUUACUUGACAGCUAUGAAAUGUCGCGAGCCACGUUUACGGAGAAGAGCCCUAGAGCUGCUGCGCCAAGCGCCUCCCAUGCAAGGUUUUUACAAGUGCACUCCCGCUGCUGCUUUGGCAGAGGCCAUCAUGCAGCUGGAAGAGGGAUUCAGUCUCGCGCUACGUGGAUCUAGCCAGGAUGUGGAUGGAAUAACUUCUGCGGAGGUCCCAGGGCCGGUACAUGAAUCUAUGUCGGCUUUCAUUCCAGAGGAGGCCCGUGUCCACUUCAUUGGGGUCUUUCGGCCUCAAGAUGGUCUUCCUCCUGGCGUACUUGAGGAUGACCUUGCAAAGUGGAAUCGGGGACCUGAUCAACUAUUUUUGGAAUUCGCCAGACAGCAACAUGAUCUAUCCAGCAACUCCUGGCGGUUGGUCAGCCAGUGUGUACCAGUGGGGAUUUGA